AAUUGUACCAAGUACAACACAACAAGACAAAACUACCCAUCGCUAAGGAAAUAUAAUAAUUCUAUCAAUUCUUCGAAAAAGAACAAAUUAGCUCGUACCAAACAUUAAUCGAGUUCAUCGACAAAAUUGGAGUAAAACUGUAACAAGUUACAUAUCUCGACGUGGCGAUUUCCACCUUGUAAAGGCGGGCGGCCAAAUAAUCCCCCUCUACCCAAGGGUAGAGCGGUAACAUAAAACAUAAAAAAAAUUAAAUAAAUUGCCUCAUAAAACGUGUUAAAUUGAAAAAGAAUGAGCACACCCGCUAAAAAUAAUGGCACGGGACUCGAGGACGUUAAUAUACCGGGGCAGGCGUACCUGCGCGAGGCCCUCACCUCCUGCACGGACCCACUCAAAGCCAUUGAGAGUUUUCAGCUGGAGAAUGGGGUGCUGUUGCCGUCGUUACGGCCCAUGCUGCCGCUGCUGGACCUCCACGGAGUGCGGCGUCUGGAUUUCCACACGUCACUCAUGGAGGAGCUGCGCGACAAGCUAAUCGCCCACAUCAACGAGCUGGGCCAGAAAGAGCCCCGCGAGCGAGACAAGAAGCUGAAGGAGUUGCUGGUGAAGAGCUUUCCCGUCGUGCGGGUCAAGUCACUGAGGCCGGUGGUGAUGGCCAUUCUGAGGAAUACACAGCACAUCGAUGACAAGUACCUCAAGAUUUUGGUGCGCGACCGGGAGCUGUACGCCGACACGGACACGGAGGUGAAGCGCCAGAUCUGGCGGGACAAUCAGUCGCUGUUCGGCGACGAGGUUUCACCCCUGCUCUCGCAGUACAUCCGGGAGAAGGAGCACAUCCUCUUCGAUCACACAAACCUCAACAAUUUGUUCUUCCAUCCGACGCCCAAGGUGCGACGGCAGGGCGAGGUGGUGCAGAAGCUGGCCAACAUGAUCGGCACCAGCGUGAAGCUGUACGACAUGGUGCUGCAGUUCCUGAGGACUCUCUUCCUGCGCACCCGCAAUGUGCACUAUUGCACGCUGCGAGCGGAGCUGCUGAUGGCGCUGCACGACCUGGAGGUGCAGGAGAUCAUCUCGAUUGAUCCCUGUCACAAGUUCACGUGGUGCCUGGACGCCUGCAUCCGUGAGAAGAAUGUGGACAUCAAGCGAUCGCGCGAGCUGCAGGGCUUUCUCGACAACAUCAAGCGCGGCCAGGAGCAGGUGCUGGGCGAUCUCUCGAUGACCCUCUGCGAUCCGUAUGCCAUCAACUUUCUGGCCACCUCGGCCAUCAAGAUACUCCACCAUUUGAUCAACAACGAGGGCAUGCCGCGAGACAAUCAAAUUCUGAUCCUUCUGCUGCGAAUGCUGGCACUCGGGCUCAGUGCCUGGGUGAUGAUCGACUCGCAGGACUUUAAGGAGCCGAAACUGGACUGCCAGGUGGUCACCAAGUUUCUGCCCGCCCUCAUGUCGCUCAUGGUGGAUGAUCAGUGUCGCAGCCUGCACGGCAAACUGCCGCCGGAUGAGCGAGAGUCUGCGUUGACCAUCAUUGAGCAUUCGGGUCCGGCGCCCGAUGCCGUCGAGGCGUACAUACAGGAGAGCGCGGUAUCCAGCAUUCUGGCCAUGUACUACACGCUGCACACGGCCCGCCUCAAGGAUCGUGUGGGUGUGCUGCGCGUGCUGGCCAUACUCUCCGCCUGCAAGGAUCAUCGAGCGUACGAGGAUCCCUUCCUGCACUCCCUGAUCGCUCUGCUCAUUCCGAUGAGCGAUGAAUUCUCCACGGAGGACUUUUGCACGACCCUCUUCGAUGAGUUCAUCUUUGCGGGCUUGACGCGCGAGAAUGUAACGUCGCGGCACAUGCUGAAGCUGCUGUGGUAUGUGCACAACAAGUUGCCCUCCUGCCGCUUGGGCACACUCAUGAAGGCCAUGCAACCGACAACGGCCCACAAUGAGCAUGUGCACAAGCUGUACGAAACGCUGACGGAUCGAAUUGCGGCGGGUGCACCAGAGACCCCGGUGGUGGAGACACCGCCAGCGGACUUUGAUUCGCCAUUGAAGUCGGUGCCAACGCCAGGUCCGCACUACAAUGCCCAAUAGCCAAAGGAAACGGUGGUCGCGGUAACAGCGGCUGUCGUCGGAUGAUGGACAAUCUUACACGUAAUAGAUCUAAAGCUGAUUAGAUGAUGGUUGGCAGACACAUGAAGCAACUCUACAAGGAGGUCUCAAUAAGUGCGAGUGUAAGUGCGUUUGAAGGCAACGUGAAAGGCAAACGAGUUUAUGUUUGUUUUAUAAUUUGACCAGCAAACAUGCACUGAACUCUAAGGGCGCAAGGCAGCCGACGAGAUCACCUCGUAUAAUUGCAGUUUAUUAGUAGCUGUAGAAUGUUCUGCUUUUUCCACUGAGCCUGUGCUUCGUUUUAUGCCAUUGCAAUUAAUCAACAGACACUUAUAGCUCAUGUCCGUCAUACAAUGUCUGUCCGUGUUUGGUGGGGGAAACUUAUCAAGAUUAUAUCACACACACACAAACCCUAAUAGCAGUUGCCUUAAAUCGUGAAACAUAAAACAAACAAAAAACUAGAAAUAC